CUCUCUAAUAGGUUUAUUUGAACAUUUUAAAAAUAAUGGCUUUGGAUUUUCGACGGGAAUGGGUCAAAAAUACCGUGACGCGAGUGUUCGGCCUGAACUCGGACCAUUACUUCGAGGACAUGAUGGCCAGCAACGAAGAGCUGGAAGACAAACUGUCCUGCUACCUCGAGGACGAUCUGUUGGACCAGGAACUGGACACUACAAAUAAUAGAUUUUUCUACGUGUACAGGAACUCGUUUGAAAAAUUGAUCGAGAAAGAAAUCUUGGUUCCUCAAAUUGUACAAAAAAUCCCCAUACAAAAAGAAGUCGUUGAUGAGGUCUUGGAAAAACCCAAAAAGAAAAAAGGCGGAAAAGAAAAACCCAAAAAAGGAAAAAAAGGCAAAAAAACUCCUGAAGCUAUUGGCGAAAAUGAUCCAAAACCAGAAGAAAAAAUCCUCGAAGAACAAGUGCCAGAACAGCGAGUGGAAUCAGUUCAAGAAACUGCCGUACAAGAUUUGCCUGGCACUGAAACCCCUUUAACUGAAACUGAUGAAGCUUCUACCUUACCAUCUGCUGAUGUUACCGAUGUAGAGACAUCAGAUGUAGAAGAUGCAGCUGGUAAGGGCAAAAAGAAGAAGAAAGGGAAAAAGGACAAGAAGCAUAAAGGGAAAAAGAAGACAGUGGAAGAAGCCGUAAAAGAAGAAGAACUCGAAGAGGAAACAGAUGAAGUCAUUUAUGUCCCAAAAAUCAUCCAAAGAUUAGUAACAGACUACAGCCUCACUGGCGGGUUUGAUUGGAUAUCGGAAGGCACAGUAAACACUGAUAUAAAGUUUGUCUAUUUUUUCCGACGGACUGAAGUGGGGAUUCCAAAUUUUGACGAUAUGGAAGACGCAAACAUUGAAUUGCCCAAGUACAUCAUUAUUGGCUCGGUGCCUAGAAAUUUCAUACAGAACGUUACGUUUUUGACCAGAGAGUUGUUCAUGCGGUUGUUCAGGUCCACUUUCAUGGAACCGAUGCUGAGAAAAGGCAAAGAGGAGGGAUUCGACGAGGAGAAUCCUGACGAAGGCUUUAAGCGAAGGUCUAUGAAGGUAGCGAAUGAGGCUAAAAAACAAAUGGAACGUUUUUCGGUUCAUGCCUCAAUUGCAGUCUCUGAUGAUGAAAAGUCGAAUACGCCACUGAAAGACGAAUUGUUAUGUGAGAUCGGUGCUUUUGGAACCACCCUGCAAUGGGUAUGCGAGCACGUUGAAGACGAUAUAGAUUUACCAAUGGUUGACUUGUCAGAAAUUCUUAAAGCUGAUAAAACAAACGAAGAGCUUAUUCGCGAUCCCGUAGUAGUUGAAGCAUUGGAGGAUGCUGUCAUGGGCUGGGAAAAGCAUAUUAUUAAAGUCAUUGAUAGCUAUUUGGCAAAGACUCCUAUUGGUAAUGGUCCAUUACCCGAAUUUGAUUAUUGGCAUGAGAGAGAAGCCGCAUUUAGCGCUAUAGUAGAACAAUUAAAGAAGCCCACCCUAGUCCACAUAAGUACCCUAUUGUCUAUGGCCCAUUCUGAUAUUGUAGAAGCUUUUAUGCAUUAUCAAAUUGAACUGAAACAAUACUAUGCCGAAGCAAGGGAUAAUGUUAAAUUUUUGUCUACAAUCAAAAGACAUUUGAAGAUUAUAGACGGAAGUUAUGAUUUCCGGAAAGUUAAAGAUAGUAUACCGGAUUUAAUGGAAGGAUUGCACUUGAUUUGGGUGUUGUCAAGGUACUACGACACCGAUGAAGUUAUGGUACCUUUUAUGGAAAGAAUCGUUUGGUGUUUGCUAGAAAAAGUUCGGAAGGUUUUAGAUAGCAAAUAUAUUUUCAGGAAGGUUAUAAGUGACGUAAAAAAGAUAACUUUAGAUGCGGCAGAUAUGCUGGAUAUUUGGAAAGCGUCCUACAUGGCAACGCGGCAAAAAAUUGAGGAUUCUGGUAAGGGGCAGCGGUGGGAAUUUGAUAAAAACAAGUUGUUUGCCGCCUCGGAUUAUAUGGCCAAGGUUUGCAGAGAUAUCCAUAAAUUUGCUAUGACUGUCGGUCAUUUCAAAAAUAUUUUCGGAGCAGAACUAAGAGCAAUCGUAAGCGAUCCGCAAACCAUCGAUAACGUCGCGAAACGAGUCGAUAGAUUAUCAAUUCAAAUCGAAAAUAUAGACUUCGACAUUUUCGAUCCAAACUGCAAAGAAAAUUGGGAUGCCGUAUUGUCUAAUCACGACAAAGAAGUCAGAAAACUUGAACUGGAGGGUGUCAAUUUCAUCGAUCAGAGUUUCAAAAUGAUUCGAUCCUCUGAAGCCGCUUUAGAAAUGAUGCUGAAAUUUAAGCAUAUAGAGACGCGUGUCGUGAUUCAAAAUAAAUUAAUGCAAAAAUUCGACGUUAUUUUGGAUCAAUAUACGAAAGAAAUUUUGGCCGUCGAUGACAACUUUACGAGAAAUAAAAGACACCCAAAUCUGAACAGAGACAUGCCACCACACGCAGGGGCCAUUUAUUGGGUGCGUUUGCUAUUUUAUAAAUUAAAAAAGCCAAUUUUAAAAUUCCAAAAUGUCGUCGAACUAAUGAACUCUCCUUUAAGAGAAGAGGCUUUUGAUUCUUAUUUGAAAUUGGCUAAAGAAUUACGGGCAUAUGAACAAGCCAAAUUGGACGAUUGGAUAGAUAGUUACGGACCGCUUGUGGAAAAAGUGAUGCAGCUGGAGGUACUGAAAGUAACUGAAACUACUAAAAAGGCCAAGAUGUUCAAACGAACCAGAAGCUCGUUAGGGCGCAGCAGUCAGCAACUAUUCAGUUCUGUAACUAGUGGGAAUGCAGCUGUCAAAUCUUUAAUACCAAUCAAAACUGGAAAAAAACCGCAAAGACCAUCAUUAACUACUUAUUCGGCUGUCAAUUUGAUGGAGAGAGUUCAUUCUCAAAAAAAUUUAACUUGGCACGAAAUUAUGGGCAACAAUAUUAUGAUCGAUUUCAGCUCGAAAUUUGAUUUGAAUUUUGAUCCGUCGUUAUGGAACUGCUUUAAAUGUAUCGAGACUUUCGAGCUGCUGAAGUUCAAAUUGCCUGAGAAUUUGAGAUUGAUUGCCAUGAGGAAGGAACAGUGUUCGAAGAAUGUUAACGCUGUUAUUAGGAUGUUGAAGAUGUAUAAUGAUAUUAUGGAUAAGUUGACGCCACCACAGAUCGUUCUACUGAAAUCCAAACUCCAUGACGUCGAACUUUACAUCCAACAAGGCCUUUCCAGAGUGAAAUGGUCCUCUUUAAGCGUUUAUGAAUAUGCGGAAGAUUGCGAGGCCCAAAUUAUAGCUUUAAAUACAGUUUACGAACACAUAGAACAUAUUGAAAAAGACUUGUUCAGACGAGUCAAAAUGCUUUUGAACGCAAACCUUUUUGAAUUUGACCCAGUUAGCGUCGAGCCUACGAGACUUCCUUGCAAGCAGUUUUAUAAUGCCAUGUAUGAAAAACGAACCGAAAAAGUAGCAAGUUUAUACAAAAUUUACGAAUCAUUUGGCCCAAUUUUGGUGAAACUAGAAUAUCUGGUAUUGAAUAGCAACACUGGAAAUUGCCCUGAAAUGUUUAGCUAUUACUACUAUUGGGAAGCAGAAAUUUACAAAGCUCUUAUUGGCAUGACUAUGAGAAAUCUUGGUUUAUUUGCCAAAAAAUUUGAGGAUAAAGUAUUGCUAUUUCAAGUUGACGCUUUAGUAAUGACUCCGGAAAUAUUACUCAGACCCAAUGCAGCCGAGGUUUACAAUUUAACUUUACGUAAUACUCACGAUUUUAUAGACAGGCUACGUCUGUUUCCUCGCUGGGCAAACGAAACUUGCAUCAUGUGCAAGCCAAUUCCAGUUUCAAAAAAAGAAGAUUUUUUGUUUAGUUUUUAUGAUGAAAUUAUAAAUGCUGCUGACGUUAAUGAUGCUACACAAAGACUACAAGAUGUUGUUCGAAAAUCUAUUCUGAAUGUGCAAAAACAUAUACAAAAAUUUAAACGUUACAAACUUUUGUGGACAGUUGAAAAACAAUCUGCUUGUGAAAAAUUUAUGGCUGGCAUGGUGACUUUGGAAAAUUACGAUGAAAAAUUUAUGUAUUACAAAGAUAUAAUUGAAACUAUAAAAUCUUAUAAGGAAUAUAUGGAUAUCGACAGUUUGAGAUUACAUCUAAAACCUUUGUUAGAUACUAUAGUGCAACAUUGCCUUCAAUGGAAAACGACUUUAGGAAGUUUAUUAGAUGCCGAUACUGUAGUGAAAAUGAUGGAAAUGAAACGAAAAAUUGACGAUCUUAAAUCUAAGAUAAUACAGCACAUUAAAGGCCUCGAAAAGUUUAAGACAGUUAUGCAAGCCAUAACAGCGAUACGAAAAUACAAUAUACAAGCUGAACUAGAUUAUUUACGAUUUCAAGAUAUUUAUGCAAUGCUGAGGCAACAUGAGUUUGAAUUCGAUCCUGCACAUGAGGCUAUGGCUUACCAACUGGAACAAGAUUGGCAAGAGUUGUUAAUAUCCGGAUUAUACAGGGAACAAACACUAGAGUCUACCAAAGAACGUUUUGCUUUGCUUACGUUAGAUGAAAUUAACACAUUUUUAGAUGAACUAGCAGAGUUUUUGAAAAGAUUCGAGCAUGAGGGCCCCGGAUCUGUCGGAGAAGACUUAGACAACGGCACGAAACUUAUGGAAGAAUACCGGAUUGAAUUUGACACUCUAGAAGCCCGUAGAAUUGAGUUAGUCAAUGCAGAAAUGUUAUUUGACAUUCCUUUAGCUGAUUAUUCAGAUUAUUUACAAGCCAAACAAGAUUUUGAGGGCAUGGAUGUGAUUUAUAAAGUUUAUAAGGCCCAAAAACACGCGAGAGAAUUAUGGGGUAAGACUUUAUGGGCUAAUUUGAACCCACAAGCUUUGCUUGAUGGAAUCGACGGGUUUUUAAAAGAGUUUAGAAAAAUACCCAAAGAAAUUCGCGCAAUGGAUGUAGGAUUAACGUUGGAACUUAAAAUGAAGCAAUUUAGAAAUUCUAUACCUUUAAUGGUUGCUCUAAAGAACGAGGCUUUAAGAGACCGCCAUUGGAAGAAACUAAUGACUAAAACUGGUAUAACAUUUGAUAUGGCACCCGACAGAUUUACGUUGGAUAAUAUGUUUGCCAUGGAACUUCAUAGGUUUCAAGAUAUUGCUGAGGAAAUUAUUAAUAAUGCCAUUAAGGAGUUGGCAAUUGAGCGAGGUGUCAUGGAAAUUGCUGAUACCUGGAAAACGGUGGCAUUUAUUGUGAUUAAACAUUUGAAAGGGACCGACGAUAGAGGUUUUAUUAUUGGAGCCACUGAUGAAAUUAUGCAAAUAUUAGAAGAUAACUCUAUGAAUUUGCAAAGUAUGGCGGGCUCUCAGUUCGUAGGACCGUUUUUGCCUCACGUACAAAAAUGGGAGAAGACUCUGGCACAUAUUGGUGAAGUAAUUGAUGAAUGGUUGGCAGUACAAAGAAAGUGGUUAUAUUUAGAAGGAAUUUUUGUAGGGGGUGAUAUAAGAGCUCAACUACCAGACGAAGCCAAAAAAUUUGACGAGAUUGAUAAAUUUUUUAGGAAGAUCAUGAUGGAAACUGCUAAAAGACCUAUUGUAUUAGAAUGCUGCACCGUGCAAAGUCGCUUAGAAGAACUUCAGGAUUUAAGCGUAGGUCUCGACAAAUGUCAAAAAUCUUUGAACGAUUACCUUGACGCAAAAAGACGAAGAUUUCCAAGAUUCUAUUUUAUAUCUACAGAAGAAUUAUUGUCAAUUUUAGGAAGCAGCGAACAUACAGUAGUCCAAGAACAUAUGAUAAAAAUGUUCGAUAAUAUAAAAUCUUUACGCUUCACCACUGACUCUAAUGAUAGAGUAAUUGCCUCAGCAAUGAUUUCAUCAGAAGGGGAAGUGAUGGAGUUUAGAAACCCCGCAAUGAUUGAAGGAAAAGUCGAAGAUUGGAUGAAUGAAGUUUUAAAAGAAAUGAGACGGUCAAAUAGAUUUAUAACAAAAAGCUCCAUAUAUUAUUACGGGAAAAUCCGUAGACCUCGACCUAAAUGGAUGCUAGACUAUCAAGGCAUGGUAUGUCUGAUAGGAAGUCAAGUUUGGUGGACGGCUGAAGUGGAGGACGUAUUUGCCAAAAUUAAAAAAGGAAAUAAAAGAGCCAUGAAAGAGUACUUGCAGCAACUCAAUAAUCAAUUAGAUGAAAUCGUGUUUACUGUCAGAGCUGAUUUAACUACCAAUGACCGUACAAAAUUUCGUACUAUAGCCAUUGUCGAGGUGCACGCGAGGGAUAUUGUAGAAAACUUUGUACGAGACAGCGUAACAGAUAUAUCCGAAUUUGAAUGGGAAAGUCAAUUGAGAUUUUAUUGGGUUAAUCAUUUGGAUAAUUUAUGGGUAACCCAAUGCACGGGCUCAUUUGAAUAUGGUUAUGAAUAUAUGGGCCUGAAUGGUAGAUUAGUUAUAACACCCUUGACUGAUAGGAUUUAUUUAACUAUAACUCAGGCUUUGAUAAUGCAUAUGGGAGGAGCUCCUGCAGGGCCCGCGGGUACAGGAAAAACUGAAACUGUUAAAGAUUUAGCCAAAGCCCUAGCUUUAUUGUGUAUAGUAACUAAUUGUGGAGAGGGCAUGGAUUAUAAAGCUAUCGGUACGACCCUUGCAGGCUUGUCACAAUGUGGCGCCUGGGGAUGUUUUGAUGAGUUUAACAGAAUCGAUAUAUCAGUGUUGUCAGUGAUAUCAACUCAACUACAAACGAUAAAAAGCGCUUUGAUGAUGAGGCUGGAACGUUUUACCUUCGAAGGUGUUGAAAUUGCCUUGGAUUCUAAAGUAGGCAUUUUCAUAACCAUGAAUCCUGGUUAUGCUGGUCGUACUGAACUGCCUGAAUCUGUUAAAGCCCUAUUCAGACCUGUAGUAUGUAUUGUGCCGGAUCUAGAAAUGAUUUGCAUGAUUUCAUUAUUUUCCGAUGGAUUUUUAGAGGCCAAAGUACUGGCUAAAAAAAUGACUGUGCUAUAUAAACUCGCGAGAGAACAAUUAUCUAAGCAAUUCCAUUAUGAUUGGGGCUUGAGAGCUUUAAAUGCUGUGCUUAGAAUGGCUGGUGUGCUUAAAAGAGCUUCGCCAGAUAUUAAAGAAGCCUUAGUUUUAAUGAGAGCCCUUCGUGACAUGAAUCAUCCCAAAUUUGUUUACGAAGACGUGCCUUUAUUUCUGGGAUUAAUCAGAGACUUAUUUCCGGGCAUGGAUUGUCCUAGAGUCGGCUAUCCAGACCUCAAUGCAGCAGUGGAAAAAGUUUUAGAAAAAGAACGCUACAUAAUUUUACCUUAUCAAGAAGACAAAGUUGUUCAAUUAUAUGAAACAAUGAUGACGAGGCAUUCUACAAUGCUUGUAGGCCCUACUGGCGGUGGCAAAACUGUUGUGAUUAAUGUACUGGCUAAAGCGCAAACUCUUUUGGGCUUACCAACGAAAAUUUUUACAUUGAACCCCAAGGCGUGUAGUGUAAUAGAACUAUAUGGAAUCCUCGAUCCGUUAACGAGAGACUGGACUGAUGGUUUACUAUCGAAUAUAUUCAGAGACAUGAAUAAACCUACAGAAAUACCCGAAAGAAGAUACAUUUUAUUUGAUGGCGAUGUAGAUGCUUUAUGGAUAGAAAAUAUGAACUCAGUUAUGGAUGAUAAUAGAUUAUUAACUUUAGCUAACGGAGAACGAAUUCGACUCAACACUCCAAUAUGUGCAUUAUUAUUUGAAGUUGGUGAUCUGCAAUUUGCCUCUCCUGCAACAGUUUCAAGAGCAGGCAUGGUUUACGUAGAUCCUAAAAACUUAGGCUAUCAACCUUAUUGGGAUAGAUGGGUGCAAAGUAGAAAACACUUGCCUGAACGUGAAGCAUUUUCAGAUUUUUACGAAAGAGUCGUUAGAGAUUUGAUGGCCUAUGUCCUUGAAGGCACUCUUGGAAACAAACAAGUAUCCCCUUUGAAAACAGUCAUCCCACAAACUGGCUUAAAUAUGAUUACUCAACUUUGUCACGUUAUUGACGCUAUUUAUCCACAACCAAUAGAAGAUAAUCGUGACCCCGAAGAAGAAGUAGAGAUUGAUUUAGUUAAUGCAAUAUUUUUAACGUCGCUUUAUAAUUCUGUUGGAGCAGCUCUUAUAGAUUCUUGUAGAUUAGAAUUUGAUGAUUACAUAAAAUCCGCUAUAUCUAUGUUAAAUCACAACGACUCUAUUGAAGAUCCGUGUGACCUAUUUCAUUGGCCUACGCAUCGUUCUACGAUGUACGAUUACUUUUUGAAUAUUAAAAAUAAAGUUUGGAUUGCCUGGGAUUGGUUGGUGCCUGGAUAUAUUCACGAAACCAAUUUGAGAUUUUCACAAAUCUUAGUACCAACUGUUGAUACCGUCAGAGUCACAUAUAUAUUACAAUUAAUGAAUCAAAUUAAACGUCCGAUUGUUUUGGUUGGCGAUACUGGAACAUCUAAAACAGCCAUUAUUCAAGACUUUUUACGUCAUUUAAAUCCAGACGUAUUUAUUUUGUUGAAUAUUAAUUUUUCAUCAAGAACUUCUUCGAUGGAUGUUCAAAUGAAUUUAGAGUCCGCAGUAGAGAAACGUACUAAAGAUAUUUAUGGGCCACCGAUGGGCAAGAAGCUUAUAUGUUUUAUCGAUGAUAUGAACAUGCCACAAGUUGAUGAAUAUGGUACUCAGCAGCCGAUAGCCUUGUUGAAGUUGUUAUUUGAACGAGGAGGCAUGUAUGAUAGAGGCAAAGAUUUAAAUUGGAAGUUUUUGAGAGAUAUUUCAUAUUUUGCCGCAAUGGGAGUAGCUGGCGGUGGCAGAAAUGAAGUCGAUCCAAGAUUUAUAUCAAUGUUUACUGUGAUGAAUUUAGUUUUCCCUACAACUUCGACAUUGCAACAUAUUUAUUCGUCAAUUUUAUCUGGGCAUUUAGAAACCUUCGAGCCUGAAGUUCAAGUUGCUGACAUAUUACUCACAAUGACUUUAAAUUUAUAUAACGAGUUAAUAAUUCAUCUACCACCGACGCCUAGCAAGUUCCAUUACAUUUUUAAUAUGCGUGAUUUAUCUCGGGUCACUGCAGGCUUAUGUAAAAUAACUCCAAAAUUCUUUCAAACUUUACCGCAAAUUGUGAGAGUUUGGAGAAAUGAGUUUUCCAGAGUGUUUUGCGAUCGUUUAAUUAGUAUCGAAGAUCAAAAAUAUGUUAGACAUGAACUGAUUGAGCAAAUAAGAAAAUAUUUUCCUAAGGCAAGUCAGAAGGUUGCUGAAGUCGCGGGACCACGGCCCGGCGAUGACGAUUUCGUAUUUAUACCCGACGAAGAAAAACCGAAACAACAAAUUGAAGAGGUCGAAAACAAAGAGGAAGAAGUUGAUGUUUUAGAAUAUUCGAUGCGCGAUCCAUUACUUUUUGGAGAUUACCGGAAUGCAAUUAAUGAAGGGGAUCCUAGAGAUUAUGAAGAUCUAUUAGAUUAUGAUGCGAUUUACUUUUUAUUUCAAGAAAUUAUUGAACUUUACAAUGAACGAAAAGAAAAAUUAAAUAUUGUACUCUUUAAUGAUGCCCUGGAGCAUCUAACCAGAGUCCACAGGGGUUUGCGUUUGGAAAAAGGCCACGUGAUGCUAGUUGGCGUGGGUGGGUGUGGAAAAGCUAGUUUGACGAGAUUGGCAGCUUUCACCGCCGGUUGUGAAAUGUUUUCUAUAAUACUUUGUAGAGGCUAUAACGAGAUUAUGUUCAAAGACGACUUGAAAACCUUAUAUAAUCAAUUAGGCGUUGACAAGCAACCCACCGUAUUCUUCUUUACCGCUGCCCAAAUAGUUGAAGAAGGUUUUUUGGAAUUUAUUAACAAUAUUUUGAUGAUUGGGUAUGUGCCUUCAUUAUUCACUGAUGAUGAAAAGGAACAAAUUACAGGUCAAUGUAGACCAGCUGCUGUAGAAGCAGGAUAUGGAAUUAGCAAAGACAAUGUUUGGCAUUAUUUCAUAGACACAUGUGUAGAUAAUUUACAUGUAGUUUUAUCAAUGUCGCCUACAAGUGACGUAUUAAGUAAGCGCUGUAGAAAUUUUCCUGGAUUAGUUAAUAACACCACAAUCGAUUGGAUAUUUCCUUGGCCUUUGCAAGCCCUAUUUGCUGUAGCCUCAGUGUUUUUGAAAGAAAACGUUCACAUUCCUGAGCAAUACAGAGACACGAUUAUUGAGCACGUAGUUCACGUCCACCAAACAGUUAAUACAUUCACUGCAAACUAUCUAAUAAUGUUGAGAAGAAAAAAUUACGUCACGCCAAAACAUUAUUUAGAUUAUAUCACAACUUACUUAAGACUCCUAGAAGAAAAAGGCAUCUACAACAAGGCCCAAUGCGAUCGUUUAAAAAGCGGUUUAUCAAAAAUUGAAGAAGCCAGUGGAGAAUUAGCAAUUUUAAACGCUAGACUGGAAAAACAAAAAAUUGUUGUUGGUAAAGCAACAGCCGAAUGUGAAGCUAUGUUGGCUGAAAUUGAAGAAGGCACCAACAAAGCUACAGAGAAAAAAGAUAUCGCUUCAUUGAAAAGUCAAGAAAUUGAAGAACAAGCUAGGAUCAUUAGUAUAGAGCAAGCUGAUGCUGAAGAAGCUUUAUCAGCCGCAUUGCCAGCUCUAGAAACUGCUCGGCUAGCUUUGUCCGACUUAGACAAAAAUGAUAUUACUGAAAUUCGUUCUUUUGCCACACCACCAGAAGCUGUGCAAGUUGUUUGCGAAUGCAUAACGAUUCUCAGAGGGUAUAAAGAAGUUUCUUGGAAGUCUGCGAAAGGCAUGAUGGCUGAGGGUAAUUUCUUACGAUCAUUACAAGAAAUGAAUUGUGAUGCCAUUACAUUAGCUCAGCAACGCGCUUGUAAGGCUCACAUGAAAAAAUCCUCAAAACUGGAUGAAAUGGCUUCUGUAAGCAAAGCUGGUUUUGGCCUAUUAAAAUUCGUUCAAGCUGUAUUAGGAUAUUGUGCUGUAUACAGAGAAGUAAAACCAAAGAAAGAUCGAGUAGAGCAACUCGAGGCUGAAUAUAGUGCAGCCAAACGUAAUUUAGAAAAACUGUAUAACGAAAUUGCCAAGUUAGAAGCUGAUUUGGAUAAAUUAAAUCAAAAGUAUGCUGUUGCAAUGAAGCGAAGGCAAGAAUUGCAAGAGGAAACUGAUAUAAUGAUGAGACGGCUCGAGGCUGCUGAUAAGCUUAUUUCAGGUUUAAGCUCCGAAAAAAUUCGCUGGACCGAAGAGCUCAACAAUUUGAACAUAGAAAGAGAACGUUUAGUUGGUAAUUGUUUGUUAUGCUCGGGAUUUUUAGCUUAUUGCGGUCCAUUUACGUACGAAUUUAGACGAGAUAUGGUUUAUGUUAAUUGGCAAGAUAAUAUUUUGGAAAGGCAAAUACCUCUAACAGUACCAUUCAGGUUAGAAACAAAUUUGACCACUGAUGUGGAAAUAAGUCAAUGGGUCUCAGAAUCGCUACCUCCUGACGAACUGUCAAUUCAGAAUGGAAUUUUAGCUAUUAGAGGAUCAAGAUUUCCUUUGUGCAUUGAUCCACAACAGCAAGCAUUGAAUUGGAUUAAAAAACGCGAAGAGAAAAAUAAUAUGAAACUUCUUAGCUUCAACGACACUGAUUUCUUGAAGCAUUUGGAUAUGUCUAUAAAAUAUGGAGCUCCAGUCUUAUUUCAAGAUUCCGACGAUUAUAUCGAUCCGGUAGUAGAGGAUGUAAUACAAAAAAAUUUGAAAUCCAUUGGUGGUCGCGUAUUUGUGAUUCUAGGGGAUAAGGAAGUCGAUUGGGACCCAAAUUUCAGGCUUUACAUGACCACCAAAUUUGCUAAUCCAAUUUUCAAUCCUUCUGUCUAUGCUAGCGCAGUCGUUAUCAAUUAUACUGUAACAUUAACAGGCUUGGAAGAUCAACUUUUAAGUGUUGUAGUCAGAAAUGAAAGGCCCGACUUGGAAGAGCAAAGAGAAAUGCUCAUAGCAGAAACAAGCGAAAAUAAAAAUUUAUUGCAAGUAUUAGAAGAUUCUUUGUUGAGAGAAUUAUCUACUACAACAGGAAAUAUGCUUGAUAAUGUUGAAUUAGUGACUACAUUGGAGAAUACGAAAAGCAAAGCUAAUGAAGUUAUGGAAAAAUUAGAGCUUGCAGCACAGACUUCCAAAGACAUUGACAAACUUCGUGACGUGUAUAGGCCAGUAGCCAAAAGAGGUGCCAUAUUAUUUUUCGUUCUUUCCGACAUGGCAGGUGUUAAUGCUAUGUACCAAUACUCUUUGGCAUCGUAUCUAGAAGUAUUCUCGUUUUCUCUAAGAAAAGCUUUGCCGCACACCAUAUUGGAUAGACGUUUGCAAAAUAUCAUCAACACGUUGACAAAGAAUGUGUAUGAUUAUGGUUGCACUGGAAUAUUUGAGAAACAUAAGCUUCUGUAUUCGUUUCAAAUGACUGUUAAACUAGAACAGCAUGCCGGCGGUCUUUCCCAACCUGAAUUAGACUUCUUUAUUAAGGGUAGCAUAAGUUUGGAAAAAUCCACUCGAGAACGUCCAGCGACAUGGCUCGCCUCUCAAGGCUGGGAAAACAUUCUAAAGCUUUCCACCGACUUUCCAUUACAAUUCGAAAACUUGCCAAAUCAACUCGAACGUAAUAUCGAAAUAUGGCAGAACUGGUACGAUAUGGAUGCUCCUGAAGCCGCAGAGUUUCCUUUCGACUACAGUACAACUUUGAAACCCUUCCAAAAGCUCUUGUUGCUAAGAUGUUUUCGAAUAGACAGAGUUUAUAGGGCCGUGGGAGACUAUAUAACUGAAAUUAUGGGGGAAGAGUAUAUCAUGCCCCCGGUGAUCAGCAUGGAUAGUAUUUUUGAGCAAUGUAGUCCGACAACGCCGGUUGUGUUCAUCUUGAGCCCUGGAUCUGAUCCUACAGCUGAUUUAAUGAAGUUAGCAGAUAGGUGUGGUUUUGGUGGAGGUAAAUUCCGUUAUCUUUCCCUUGGUCAAGGCCAAGAAACCACUGCCCUACAAUUAUUGGACACUGCCAUAUCCAGAGGCCAAUGGCUGAUGUUCCAAAAUUGCCACUUGCUUUUGGCCUUUAUCAAGCGCCUGGAAAAGCACAUUGAAAAAAUUAGCAAGCCUCAUCCAGAUUUUCGUCUGUGGUUGACUACAGAUCCCGUCGCCACGUUUCCUAUUGGAAUUCUGCAAAGAUCAUUAAAAGUUGUCACUGAACCACCCAACGGACUUAAGCUGAACCUGCGUAACACCUUUUUCAAAAUGCGCGGCCAACUUCUGGACUCGUGCUCACAUGCAUCCUUCAAGCCACUCGUCUACGUAUUGGCUUUCUUCCAUGCGGUAGUUCAAGAACGCAGAAAAUAUGACAAAAUCGGCUGGAAUAUUUGUUAUGAUUUUAACGAGUCUGAUUUCAACGUAUGCGUUCAGAUUCUGGAUACUUAUUUGACUAAAGCCUUUAAGGCAAAAGAUCCUAGAAUACCAUGGAAUAGUUUGAAAUAUUUGAUUGGCGAGGUGAUGUAUGGCGGCAGGGUGAUUGACGAUUUUGACAGAAGGAUAGUCGCGACUUAUAUGGACGAAUAUAUGGGAGAUUUUUUGUUUGAUACAUUUCAGCCUUUCCAUUUUUAUCAGGAUGAUACUGUUGAUUAUGUUAUACCGCAAGAUGGCAAUAAGGAAGAUUAUAUUGCUUUUAUUGACGAAUUACCUUUGGCAAACAGUCCAGAAGUUUUCGGACUUCAUUCUAAUGCAGAAAUUGGAUACUAUACUCAAGCUACAAAGGAAAUGUGGAAUAUUUUGAUUGAGUUGCAACCUCAAGUUUCAACUUCUGAAAAAGGUAUCAGUAGAGAAGAAUUCAUCGAAGCAGUAGCUAACGAUGUUCUCAAAAAAAUCCCAGAAGAAUACGAAGUAUGGAAAGUGCGACGCUAUUUCCAAAGAAUGAUGUCGCCUACUAUAGUUGUACUACUACAAGAGCUGGAGCGUUUCAACAAACUCAUUUCCGCCAUGAGAAGAUCCCUAAUUCAAUUGAAAAAAGCUCUGGCAGGGGAAAUUGGCAUGGACAGUGUUUUGGACAACGUGGCUUAUUCGUUGUUUAACGGACAACUGCCAAAUAUAUGGAGGAAACUAGCGCCAGCUACUUGUAAGAACUUGGGAGGAUGGAUGGAGCAUUUUGAGGCUAGGCAGCUACAAUAUUUUUCAUGGUCCACUACAGGUGAACCAGCAGUACUGUGGAUAUCAGGCCUGCACAUUCCGGAGACUUAUUUGGCAGCCUUGGUGCAGAUUUCUUGUAGAUUGCAUAAUUGGCCACUGGAUAGAUCUACACUCUAUACUUACGUUUCCGAGCAUGUAGAUCCCGCAGAUGUUAUUUUACGACCAGCUGCGGGUAAUUGUCUCCUGCACGGUCUCUACUUAGAAGGAGCAGCCUGGGACGUUGAAAAUAACUGCCUGAAGAAAUCAACCCCGAAAAUUCUCAUUGAGAAACUUCCAGUAUUGGGAGUAGUGCCUAUAGAAUCGUUCAGAUUAAAGCUCCAAAAUACUUUGAAGACUCCAGUGUAUACUACGUCAUUAAGACGAAACGCUAUGGGGGUUGGUUUGGUUUUUGAGGCUGAUUUGAGAACAACAGAACAUAUAAGUCAUUGGGUGUUGCAAGGAGUGUGUUUAGUGUUAAACACAGACUAAGAUUAAACUGUGUUGAAUUUGAUAAAAAAAGGGAUAGUAUUUUGAAAAAAAAAAGAUACCUAACCAAAAGGAAACAAUUAAGUUAUAAACGCGCAAAAGACGUUAGACCAUAUUAUGUGUUUGUAGCAGUUUACUUCAAAGACUGAAAGCUAUAUAAGCUGUAGUUUUAAGAGUUUUUCAUGUGUUAUUUUGAAACUAGUUUCCAAGACUGAGUUAAGUUUGUCAUAUUUUACUGUAAGGUGUUCUUUGUAUUUCUUUGUUACCUGCAAUACUUUCUAAAUAAAUAAUCCAACUCUGUGUUUUCCUUUUUUUAUUUAU